CAGGGAAGGGUCGCUGCGUACAGUUGGGCGGCGGUGGGUCCGGCCGCAGGCUGCGGGCGCUGGAUACAUGCACUGGACUCAACGAGUGACUGCGCAGCGGGAUGUACCAAGUAGUAUUGUCCGGUCACAGGUGGGCGUUAGAGGAGAUGCUCGUGACCCUCAGCUAAAUAAAAGCAGUGGCGCUGAACACUAAGGCGCUGAGUGUGCGUGAGGCAGAAGGGACAAUAAUGCCGGAGAUGCGCGCAGUCUGAGUGAGCGCGGUGUGGUUGCGCCGCAGCGGAGGGGCGGGAAUGUUGUUAUCCAGAAAGAAAACCAAGAAAGAAGUUUCGAAGCCUGCGGAGGUGCAGGGGAAGUACGUGAAGAAGGAGACCUCCCCGCUGCUGCGGAAUCUAAUGCCUUCUUUUAUCCGCCAUGGGCCAACCAUACCAAGACGAACAGAUAUCUGUCCACCAGAGACAAAUACUACUCCCUACACCCCCUCAGGAGAUGGAGCUGUUUCUAGAAAUCAAAGCUUUUUGCGACCACCAAUUCAGAGAGCUCCACAAGAAAUUUUGCGCAGAGAAAGCAAUAGACUUUCUGCACCUCCCUAUUUAGUAAGGGGACUAAGUGAUGUUCCCAGGGAAUAUGCCUCCUCAUCUCAAUCAUUUUUAACAGAUUCCAAAACAGUUAUGGAAAAUGGAGAUGUGAACAGCAGAUAUUUUUGCUCCGAUAAUCAGUAUGAUGGACAGAGGAGGAGACAAGUUGGGAAUCGUGUACAUGAUGAUUAUAGAUAUUAUGAGAACAGCAAUGACCAUGUCCAAAGGAUUCUACAGGGACCUGGCAGGCACCCAGCUGGUAUUGGUAGAGUUGCUGCUACAUCACUUGGAAAUCUAACAAAUCAUAGUGCUGAAGAUAUGCCUCUUCUACCUGGCUGGACAGUAGACUGGACGAUAAGAGGAAGGAAAUACUACAUAGAUCACAAUACAAACACUACCCAUUGGAGCCAUCCUCUUGAAAGGGAAGGAUUGCCCCCUGGUUGGGAGAGAGUUGAAUCAGCAGAGUUUGGAGUAUAUUAUGUGGACCAUAUCAAUAAAAUGGCCCAAUACAAGCACCCGUGUGCUCCAAGUGUUCCCCGGUAUGACCAGCCACCCGCUCUCCCUCCUCCAGUAACUUAUCAGCCUCAGCAAGUAGAAAGAAGUCAGCCCUUGCUUGUUCCAGCUAAUCCUUACCAUGCAGCAGAGAUUCCUGACUGGCUUCAGGUUUAUGCAAGGGCACCUGUAAAAUAUGACCAUAUCCUGAAGUGGGAACUCUUUCAACUGGCCGAUCUGGACACGUACCAGGGCAUGCUGAAGCUGCUUUUCAUGAAGGAACUGGAGCGCAUUGUGAAACUGUAUGAGGCGUAUAGGCAGGCUCUUAUCUCUGAGGUGGAGACUCGGAAGCAGAGACAGCAGUGGUACGCACAGCACAAGAAUUUCUGACAAUCUAUAUAGUAUUUUCUCAUUAUCUAUCUUUCAAGAACAUUGACAUUUGACGUGGACACAACAGAUUCCACAUAUGACUUGCAACUGGAAAUAAAGAGGCUAUCCACUAAAUUGGUGAUCAGAACGGUUUAUUUGUGACCAUUUUUGUAAAGUUUAAGCAGUUGCCAGUGCAAAAUAUUUUGAGAUAUUUAUACAGUUUUAGUAUUAGUGAAUUGGGACAAAAUAAGGGAACUUUUUAUGUUUCACAAUCCAUUUAGAUGUCAUUCCAGACACAGACUGUAAACAAUGUAUAUUUAUUAUAAACAGUAAACAACUGACUGAAAUGCAACUAAAGUAAAUGCAAUAAUGGAACAGUGUUAUAUAGGCUGCAUAUUAAAUACAUGUUAUAUCGUAAUGGUUAGCCACUCUUUGGGUAUUCUAUAUCAUUGUCUUUCAGUUAUCCGUUAAUAUCAGCUCUUGACCUUAUAUAUGUCAGCAAAAGCAAAGCUUUCUCUCAUGAGUCUAUUUCAACUAUCCAAAGGAAUUCAUGUAUUUUAAUAUUAAAAUGUUACAAAUCU